CCUGUUCUGUCAGUUCGGACAACAUCAUACUUGCCUCACAGCACCUACGCUGCCUCAUUUCAUUAUUCGUCAAAUUUUACAGCUGCUCAAGGCAUGUUACACGGACUCUUUCGGCAAAAUGUCUUCAUAUGCUGACAAAAAUUUCUCUUCUGACACCUGCCUAAAUGUCAAAAUUUUUCCGCUUCUCUGUUCAAAACUAUCUAUCUUGUUUUUAACUAAAGAGGGGGUGCGGUAAUUUUUAUUUUGAAUGUGCGAGACUUCCGGUCUCUUCCGCUUCCAGUUAUUUUAGCAGUACAAAAACAGUCCAUAAUGCUGUUUGACAUUCAUUAUCAUUAUCAUAUUAUUAUUUUAAUUUAUUACCGGAAUCAAUAACACAUUGGAAGUCUCCAGUGGCCAUAUAUAAUGCCUUACAGAUGUCUAGAGAAUUAUUAUCUCCAUCAAGCUCCAUCAUUCAGGCUUCUCACGGAUGGACUUAAAGAUGAACAGUACAGAGUUCUCCUCCAACUCUAAUGCCACCAGUGGUGUCCCAUGUCCCAUAAAGCCCCAGCACAUCUCCAUUUCUGUGCUCAUUUGUCUGACUUUCCUGUUGGGACUCCUGCUUAAUGUCUUCAGUCUGUGGGUGUUCACAUGCAGGACACCAGAAUGGACGUCCAGCACUGUUCUUCAGUUUCAUCUAGCUGUCAGUGAUGUACUUAUGUGUCCUAUGGGACCGUUUAUGGCAGUAUAUUAUCACACUGCUAACUGGAUUUUUGGGAAAGCUCUCUGUCAGCUUAAAACAGCUUUAAUAACCUUUCACAUUUACAGCAGUAUUCUGUUUCUGACUCUCAUUAGCAUUCACCGCUAUGUGGCCGUGGUUCGCUACAACCAAGACUCUUACAUGAAUCGAAAGGACUUUGUCCAGAAGCUCUGUGUAGGAGUUUGGCUUUUUGUAUUGGUUAAAGGAACUGUUUUUGCAGCUGUUUUAGACACAAGCACAGUGGAAGAUCGCACGUUAUGCCUCAGCAUUCACCAAGGACAAUAUACUGACUUUUAUUUCAUUGUAAACUUCACUGUCCUCAUUCCUGGAUUACUUCUAGCAUUCAUUGUUUCUGCAAUCUGCUACACUCUUCUGGUGCGCUCGAUGUCCCGUCUCGACACUAGCCAUGAUAGUGGACAAGCUAUUAAGAGCAAAUCACGUAAAAUGGUGGCUGUUUGUUUGGCUAUUUUUGUUGUUUGUUUCACGCCUAUGAAUGUGGUGCGCAGUGUGGGUCUUGUGGUCAAGAAAUUAUUUCCCCACAGAUGCAGUCUCCUUUUAAAAGUGGAGACUGCAUACUAUGUGUCAUGGAUCUUGGCUGGAGCCAAUUGCUGUCUUGAUCCAAUUAUCUAUUGUUUCAGCUGUCAGAAAUUCACAAAAACAUUUCGUAUCUCUCUUAGGAAAAUAGGUUUGAGGCUUGAAAUGAGUCAUGGUGAAUUUUCAUAAGAUUGCCCUCAUGUUAGCAAGAACAGCGCUUUUUGUUACAGUAUAUAUAUUGUAUGUAUUAUUUAUAUGUUGGCAUUUUGUGUUGAUAAUUCACAGAAACUUUUUUUUUUUUAAA